GCCGCCGACAGAAGGCUAUAACCAUGCCAACGAAGGGAUAGACCGCUCGCUGCCGAGAGAAGAGAGCGCAAGGGUCUAUACGACUCACACACACACGCACGCACUUGCGCGCGUGGAGGAUAAACUCGUGGGGGGGACUCUACCGGGGAUUUUCGCAAUAUUCCCCGUGCACGCCGCGAGGGACUAACACUGCUCGCAGAGGAAGAGGACCACGACCGCCAUGAUUCUCUCUCUGGCCGCCACAGCAGCCAUGAGCCACGGGGGCCUCAACUCCUCCCUGGACCCCUUCGACUCCUCCACCUGGGGCUUCGGCGAGGACCCCUCCGCCAACGCCUCCCUCUCCGCCUCCUCCACCUCCUCCUCCUCCUCCUCCUCCCCCUCCUCCUCCUCCUCCCUGUCGUCCUCCUCCGUCGACCCCUCGCUGGGGCGACCCCUGACCCCCGAGGACCUCCUGCUGGGCCUCCCGGCGGCGUCGCAGGAGGUGAGCCCGUGGGACGUGGCGCUGUGCGUGACGGGCACGCUCAUCUCGUGCGAGAACGCCCUGGUGCUGGCCGUGCUCUUCUACACGCCCGCGCUGCGCGCGCCCAUGUUCAUCCUGAUCGGCUCGCUGGCCGCGGCCGACCUGCUGGCCGGCCUGGGCCUCAUCCUGAACUUCGUGUGCACGUACCUGGUGGACGCCUCGCUGGAGCCCGUCACGCUGCUCUCCGUGGGGCUGCUGAUCGCCGCCUUCUCCGCCUCCGUGCUCAGCGUCCUGGCCAUCACCGUGGACCGCUACCUGUCGCUGUACAACGCGCUCACCUACCACACCGAGCGCACGCUCACCUUCACCUACGUCAUGGUGCUGCUGGUGUGGCUGUGCGGCGCCACCCUGGGCCUGCUGCCCGCGCUCGGCUGGAACUGCCUGCGCGACGCCGCCGCCUGCAGCGUGUGCCGGCCCGUCACCCGGGGCAACGCCGUGGCGCUGGCCGUGGCCUUCCUGCUGGUGUUUGCGCUGAUGACGCAGCUCUACCUGCAGAUCUGCCGCAUCGCCCUCCGCCACGCGCAGCAGAUCGCCGUGCAGCACCAGUUCCUCGCCAUCUCCACCACCAAGGGCGUGUCCACGCUCUCCGCCAUCCUGUGCGCGUUCGGCGCCUGCUGGCUGCCCUUCGCCACCUACUGCAUCGUGGCCGACGCCAGCUACCCGGCCGCCUACACCUACGCCGCCGUGCUGCCCGCCGCGUGCUGCUCCGUGCUCAACCCCGUCAUCUACGCCUUCCGCAACCCCGACAUCCAGAAGUCCCUGUGGAUGGCGUGCUGCGGCUGCGUGCCCUCCAGCCUCUCGCUGCGGCCGCGCACCUCCAGCGACGUCUAG